GGAUGAACCGCAUCUUGCGAGGCUAUCAUUCCACUACAUAACACUCAGCAGCCAAUCCACUUGUCCCACCUAGGAUGGACAGCAUUGGUAGAGCAGGUUUUUCUCAUGACUUUGGCGCCAUCGACGGGAAACCGCAAAUUUUCGAUGGCCUUGACCUGAGCAGUGGCGCCGCCUUCUUUGCUUUCACGAUCAUCACGGGUAUGGUCUUCCCUGCUGUUCUUCGGUUGCCUUCGAAGAGGAAAGAGGCUUUAAUUGAUAUGAACCGUGUAUUCUCUGGUGUGGCCAACCAGCUCUUGUCAAAGGCCAAGGAGCAUGGGAACGAGGAGGAUAAAUCUGUAAUGGGUCUGCUUCUCAAAUCAGAGAUGCAUGAUGCAGACGUUCACAUGUCUAGGGAAGAGAUCAUUGCACAGAACAUGUUGUUGAUAGCAGGCUAUGAAAUGACAAGCAUCAGUCUCACGUGGGCCCUUAUUGAAAUGUGCAAGAACGCGGACAUCCAGAACAAGCUCCGCGCCGAACUGGUGCAAUUCGGCAACACCGACCCGACAUGGGAGCAACUCAACUCGAGUCUUCCGUAUCUUGACGCAGUCAUACACGAAACCCUACGAUUGCACCCACCCGUAUCAGAGGCCGUAAGGGUGGCAACAGAAGACGACGUUCUUCCUCUCACUACACCAGUAGUGACCAAAUCCGGAGAGACCGUUAACAGUCUCUUAGUGGCCAAAGGAACGGUCUUCACCGUUCCCAUUCAAACGCUGAACAUAUCCGAGGAAUUCUGGGGCCCUGAUGCAAAGGAGUUCAGACCGGAGAGGUGGCUGGAGGACUUUACACCGCGAGCGAAGGAGAUCCAGGGUCAUCGACACCUGUUGACGUUCGUAGAUGGACCCAAGACAUGUCUCGGGAAGACGUUCGCUUUGACCGAGUUCAAGGCGGCGCUCUUUGUUAUUGUACGGAACUUUGCAUUCGAAUUUCCUGGUGGAAGUGAUACAGCUAUCGGCAAGUAUACCGGGAGUGUUUUGCCUCGACCGAAAGUCGUUGGCAAAGAGGGCGCAAAAGUUCCGUUGAGGGUGAGGCGCGUAUGA